AGGCAGACUGGCGCUCUACUGAUUUCAUUAAGAGAACGAGUAGCAGUUUCUAAAACAAUCACAUGUCCAAGGCACGCAACGCCUUAGUUGUCACUGGCUUGGUGAUCUUUGCUGGUACCGGCCUAGCAUUUCCCUUCUACUUUGUGAAAUCAAAGAACAGGCCUAUUAUCGAUUCAACGAAGCCUCUGCCACCGCAGGCUACUUUCCGAGGACCGUAUGUGAACACUGGAUCGCGCGACAUAGGGCCUGAUCACACCGAGUACCCCAAGAAGUGAUAUGUAUUUCCAUCUUGUUUUCUCUUUGUUUUUCAACAGGCAUGCAGAAAACCAGUGAGUUCUGAGUGGAACCCUGUAAUGUUGAUAACCGGCUCGUGAUGUUGGGCAACGCAAUUGCUGUGGUAGAUUAGCUUCGGUUUGAGCCUUUGAGGUGUUAUGUGCAGAACACAUGCAUAUGAGCGUAGUUCUUCCUGAACUGUAAGCGCUUUUGAUCA